UAAGUAUAGCACACAUAACCUAGACGUUUCCGCUGCUCCUGAGACUUUCUAUUUUCUCGGUAGCUGUAACAUAAAUCGAGAAAAAUUUGUAAAGUUACAUUGACUUUAUAAAUCAGUGGAAUUUAUCAAGAGGCAUCUCGAUGCCGAAAUACUAUUGCGAUUAUUGCGACACUUAUUUAACCCAUGACUCGCCGAGCGUACGAAAGACCCAUUGUCAGGGUCGCAAGCAUAAGGAUAACGUGAAGUACUUCUACCAGAAAUGGAUGGAGGAACAGGCCCAGCACUUAAUCGAUGCGACAACGGCCGCAUUCAAGGCCGGCAAGAUUGCCUCCAACCCCUUCGCGGCCAACAAGGGAGCUGCGAUACCACCGCCGCCGAAUCUUGGUUCCAACCUUGGCUCGAGAUCCGGAGUACCGCCACAGGGACCUCCAGGAAUGAUGCCGCCACCGGGUAUGCAUCCAGCUGGCCCAAUGGGACCAGGAGGACCUAUGAUGAUGGGACCGCACGGACCGAUGCCACCUCCUAUGAUGGGCAUGAGACCACCUAUGAUGGGACCAAUGGGACCAAUGGGUCCUAUGAUGGGUCCCAUAGGUCCUAUGGGACACAUGAGACCACCGAUGAACGGACCUCCACCUCCAAUGGUUGGCCCACCACCAAUGAAAAAAUAACAAUCAGACUAAUGACUCUUAUUCUCUCAUGUCAUGUUGGAUUUGAUCAAAACAAAACUUUGAUUGUGGAUGUGGUGCGAUUACUAUAGUGGUGUUAUAUACACUAAAUUGCAUAUAUUACAUAUUUAAGAAUUUAGUACAAACUAUGGAAUUAGGAAUUUUCUACAACACUUUGAUUUAUAUUUAAAUGGUCCAUGAAUUUGUUCUCUAGUUAAUGUAACUUAAUAAUUUUUGGAUAGUAUAUUUUACUUCAUGCCAUUUCACAUUAAGUUAUAAUUAAAUAAAUGGAACUUCAACACUAAUAAUUAAAAAAUUUCUUUUAUAUAUCAAGGAAAACAUGCAGUUUGAAUAUAACUAUAUAAACUUUAAAUCGUUAAAUUUUAUUGCUAAGAUAUAAAUGUUGAUACAAUAGUAGACUAUUUAAUAAAAAUGAAUUCAAACAAUAAUAAACUUAUAAUUACCUUGA